AAUCUAAUUUGUAGCAUGCUUUCCAGUACCAACCAUCAACUCCAAUGACACCCUUCCAAUUUCCUCUCAGCUGUCAUUUCUUCACAACCCAACGACCUUCAACUCUGCUAGUAACUGUCAAACAUCCAUGGGGACAAUCAUUCCAUUGCAAUACCUUAAUCCCUCUUUCCUUCAGAAUUCGCACACCAAGAAGCGACCUAAAAGCCACUCCUCCAUUUUCAGUCUCCUCAGAGUUGCAGAGACUUCACUCUGUUCUUCUCCUCCACCUUCUUCACCGACCCUUCCAUGUUUAAAUGGAUUCAAUGAGCUCCAGUCCUUGAAUUCAGUCAAAGUAAUGCAUGCCCAGAUGAUUAAAAUGGUCAAAAAGAGGGAUUCAGAUCCCAAAAUGCAAUCUUUGAUCACAUCUUACUUGGAAUUUGGCGAUUUUCGAUCUGCUGCAAUGAUUUUCCUCGUGUGUAUUGAGCGAAACUAUGUAUGGUGGAAUGCUUUCCUAGAGGAUUUCAAGAGUUUUGGGGGGAAUCCACAUGAAAUUCUUGAGGUAUUUGGUGAGUUGCAGAGUAAAGGAGUGAUCUUUGACAGUGGAGUUCUUACUGUUAUCUUGAAAGUUUGUGGAAAUUUGAUGGAUAUAUGGUUGGGUUUGGAAAUUCAUUCAUGUUUGAUCAAGAGGGGCUUUGAUUUGGAUGUCUAUUUGAAGUGCGCAUUGAUGAAUUAUUAUGGGAGGUGUUGGGGCAUAGACAGUGUAAAUCAGGCAUUUUAUGAAAUGCCUGACCCACAAGUUCUAUUGUGGAAUGAGGCAAUUUUGGUGAAUUUGACUCAUGAUAGAUGGGUAAAGGCUCUGAAAUUGUUUCGGGAUAUGCAAUUUUCGCUUGUGAAAGCCAAUAGCUUUACAAUUGCUAAAGUCCUGCAAGCUUGUGGAAAAGUUGGAGCUCUUGAGCAAGGAAAGCAGAUACACGGGUACGUCAUUCGAUUUGCAUUGGAAUCAAACACCUUGGUAUGCAAUUCACUGGUUAGCAUGUACUCGAAAAAUGGCAAUCUUGAACUUGCUAAGGCAGUUUUCGAUUCAAUGGAAAACCGCAGCAUAUCUUCUUGGAACUCAAUCAUCUCGGGUUACACUUCAUUUGGUUGUGUAAAUGAUGCGUGGAAGCUGUUUCAUGAAAUGGAAUCUUCCGAUAUGAAACCAGAUAUCAUAACCUGGAAUUCCCUUUUGUCAGGUCAUUUCCUUCACGGAUCAUACCAACAAGUCGUGGUCAUUCUGCAGAGAAUGCAAACUGUGGGUUUCAAGCCUAACGCAAGCUCAGUCAUUAGUGUUCUUCAAGCAAUUAGUGAAUUAGGUUGCUUGAAUUUGGGGAAGGAAGUUCAUGGCUAUGUGAUAAGAAAUAGAGUUGCCUAUGACUUAUAUGUUGGAACUUCACUUGUAGACAUGUAUGUCAAGAAUGAUGACCUAACCAGUGCUCGAGCUGCUUUUGAUAGUAUGAAAAAUAGAAAUAUAUUUGCUUGGAAUUCACUGAUUUCGGGAUACGCCUUCAAGGGCCGUUUUGAUGAAGCUGUAACACUUUUGCAUCAGAUGGAAAAGGAAAGAAUCAAACCCGAUUUAGUGACAUAUAAUGGCCUUGUUUCAGGUUAUUCAAUGUCGAACCACAGCAAGGAAGCUUUGGCAAUGAUUCGUCAAAUCAAAAGUUCAGGGUUGAUUCCUAAUGUCGUUUCCUGGACAGCUCUAAUAUCAGGUUGCUCACAGAAGGGAAACUAUAAGGAUGCACUUAAGUUUUCUAUCCAAAUGCAACAAGAAGGUAUAAAACCCAACUCGGCCACCAUAGCAAGUUUACUUCGAGCUUGUGCAGGCCUGUCUUUCUUACAGAAGGGGAAAGAGAUACACUGCCUCACUAUAAGAAAUGGUUUCAGUGAAGAUGCAUUUGUUGCCACAGCUCUUAUUGACAUGUACAGCAAAUGUGGCAGCUUAAAGAAUGCCCACAAAGUUUUUCAAAACAUUCAGAACAAAACAUCAGCUUCCUGGAAUUGCAUGAUCAUGGGUUUUGCUAUUAACAGCCUGGGAAGAGAGGCAAUCUCAAUUUUUGAUGAAAUGCGUGAAGUGGGUAUUCAGCCAGAUGCGAUAACUUUCACAGCUCUACUCUCUAGUUGCAAGCAUUCGGGAUUAAUUGACGAAGGAUGGAAGUACUUUGACAGCAUGAAGGCAGGUUAUGGUAUUAUCCCCACUAUUGAGCAUUGCUCUUGCAUGGUUGAUCUUCUUGGAAGAGCUGGAUAUCUUGAUGAAGCUUGGGAUUUCAUUCAAUCAAUGCCCAUGGAGCCAGAUGCUACGGUUUGGGGUGCUCUUCUUCGAUCAUGUCAAAUCCAUGGCAACUUGGAGCUUGCAGAAAUUGCAGCAAAGAAUCUUUUCAAGUUAGAACCAUAUAAUCCUGCUAAUUAUGUUCUGAUGAUGAACUUGUAUACAAUUUUGAACAGAUGGGAGGAUGUAGAGCAUAUUAAAGACUCGAUGGACGUUAUAGGGGUCAAACCUGGGCAUGAAUGGAGCUGGAUACAAAUCAAUCAGAUAGUUCAUGUGUUCUGUGCAGUAGGAAAACCCCAUCCUGAAGAAGCAGAGAUAUUUUUUGAGUUAUAUCAGCUGAUUUCUGAAAUGAAGAAGUUGGGAUACUUGCCUGAUGUCAAACGCGUGUAUCAGAACGUUGAUGACGUAGAGAAGGAGAAGUUGCUGCUUGCACAUACAGAGAAAUUGGCCAUUGCAUACGGACUCAUCAAAACAAAAGGUAGUGCUCCCAUAAGGGUGAUCAAGAAUACAAGAGUUUGUCACGACUGUCACACAGCGGCCAAAUUCAUGUCCCUAAUCAGAACCCGCGAAAUCUUCCUCAAAGAUGGCGUUCGAUUUCAUCACUUCAGAGAAGGGAAAUGUUCCUGCAACGACGUCUGGUAGUAAGGGAUAUCACUGCUUUCUUUGAUACUGCAGCAAAGCAUUGUGUGAAAUCUUCUUUUGCUAGAGCAAAAGAAAAUUAUAAACUGAGCUGACGUAUGGGAUCAAUCCACAAGCUAUAUUACAGAUACAGUUUAUCAUUAACAAGUAACACUUAGUUGGGACUGUUGUAAAGUUUAGAGCUUCUAUGUUUUCAAAUUAACCUUGUGAGAACUUCUAAACUAGUGC